GAACUAUUGAUAAGUUCUGUGAUUGCGUCAUGUAAAUCUAUAGAUAUAUGAAGAAUUACCAAUUAGUGCAUUGUUUAAUAUUUUUUUAUUAAAGAAUCCAGUUUUUAUUUGCAAUAGUUUUUGUGAUAAAUCAAAAAUUAAUAAAAGUUUAAAAAAUCAGUUUAACCUUUUCGUUUGACAAAUAUAACCUAUUCAUAUUUGUGUCUUGACACCAUUUUUGUUCAGAUUUCCGUUUAUAUGAAUAGACUACGCUGUAGGUCUUCCCUAAUGAUGAUAGAUGCAUAGAAAAUUUUGUUGACAGGAAUUGUCCAUUGAUUCACGGCCGACGCACACUUCUAUUACCAAUUUAUGUUUUUAAAGCCAGGAACAGCUUUUAUUAAAAAUAUGGGAUAUUUACUAGCAUAGAGAUACAUACAAAUAUGUAACUCACAAUUGUGAUAUAAAAAAAACUUUUACCAUCAUAGUUGAAUCUAAUAACUCAUUACAAAAUGUUAUGUAAAAUAUAGUUGGUGUUUAAUGGACUUAAAAGACCAAAUCAAAAUGGAGGGGGAGGAUUUUCAUCUUCAUUGGGAGGAGGAUGUAAAGCGUAAUAUAGUUGCAAGUGAAGAAGUUAUAUGUGGCCUUGAUAAUGUGCAAAAUGAAACAUACACUAACAUGACUGAAGAAAUUAUUGAAGAUACUGAUCAAAUGGCAGCCGAAAAUCUUAUGUAUUUAUCACAAGAUGUAGUUACCUAUACAGAAAGUGCUGAGCUUGCUCAAGACCCAAAUGUUGAAUGUGUUACCGAAGAGGUUGUUACUGAUGAUUGGGUCAUAUCUGGUGGACAAGAAAGCUUUCCUUUCAGAGUGGAGGUGCCUUUAGAACAUUUAGCUAAUCCUAUUCAAGACAUAAAAAUAGAAAAUGACAUUGAUGUUCCACUACCAACAGAUCAAGAUGAAUACACAGCUAUGCGUCCGUGGCCUUGUGAUUUCUGUUCACGGCGGUUUCGCAAAAAAGCGGCGUUGAUGAAUCACAUGGUGGCGCACCAAAACGACCGCCCCCACGCUUGUAACCUGUGCGGUGUCCGCUACGUGCGCAAGUGUGACCUCAUGAACCAUCUCAAGGUGCACGCCUUUGUGCCUGACAACCCGGAGCCCACGGACUACCAACAUGAUGAAAUUAUUGCUCAUACACCAUUAUUAAAAACUAAGAAAAAGAGGGGACGCCGGAAAAAGACUGCUGAGCCCGUCGAGGAGCAGAACGGAGUGCGGGAGAACAUGACCUCGGCCCGCACGCAGCAGUGGUCGCGACGCGCGCGCGCGCCGUCGGCGCCGCCGCCCGCGCCACCCUCGCCCUCGCCCUCCCCGCCGCCGCCGCCCACGCCGCCGCUGCCCGCGGAUCCCUCCAGACCCUUCGUCUGUCGGCAUUGUGGCGUCGGCUUUGCGAGGGAGAAGGCACUUCAGUCACAUUCUAGAGUGCACGGCGGCGACUCGCCCGUGGAGUGCGGCGAGUGCGGCGAGCUGUGCUGGUCGCGCGAGGCGCUGCGCUCGCACGCGGCGUCGCGACACCCGCACCUCGCGCACGCGCCCUCCGCGCCCAAGCGGGAACCCUCCUACGACGAUUGCAACUCCGGUGACGAUAUGGAAUUCCGCCUAUCACCACUGGCACACAGCGGCAGCGAGCGCGGCGAGAGGGAGCGCGACCGCGAGCGCGGCACGCUGGACGUACGAGGGCCCGAGCUCUUCUGUGGCGACUGCGGCGUGGCCUUCCAGCGCGCCGACCUCCUGAGGCGACACGUCGCCGCUGCGCACAGUUAUAAACGGCACGAUAGCACGAGCAGCACAUGGGAGCAGGAGCACACUUGCGACGUGUGCGGCGAGAGCUGCCCCGACGCGCUGCAACUGCUCGCGCACGCCGAGCGACAUGCGGAGCGCCCACGUACCAACCGAAUGAAGAGACUGGCCCGUGGUCGAAACAAUACUUCGAGUAAUUCAAGGCAGUUCCCAUGCAGAGAAUGCGGCAAAGUAUUCGGAUCUCGCAGCUCACAGCAGAUCCACAUUCGCAUACACACUGGUGAGCGGCCCUACGCGUGCCGUUUUUGUUGGAAGGCCUUCGCAGAUGGUGGCACGUUGCGCAAGCACGAGAGAAUACACACUGGUGAAAAACCGUACGCAUGUGCGGUGUGUCCGCGCGCGUUCAACCAGCGCGUGGUGUUGCGCGAGCACGUGCGCUCGCACCACUCCGCGCCCGACCGACGCGCUAAUGGUGGAUAUCAAUAUUGCUGCGUAGUUUGUGGACGACCUUUACAUUCAAGCGCUGAAUUAGUCCAACAUCUUAUUCAGCACUGUGAUGAAAAUACAGCGCUGAAAAGGCAACCCCAGAAUGGACCCAGAAAAUACAAACGACGGCGAAAAGCGAGAGUAGAGGAGUCACCUGUACACAAUGACUGGGAGCGUGCUACUACACCUUCACCUGCGCGUUCAGCCUCACCCGCUGGCGCGCCGUCGCCCUCGCCCUCCCCGCCUCGCCCCGCGCGCGCCCCGCGUGCUACCCGCGCGCCGCGCGCCUACUCGCCGCCGCGCCGCCGCCGCCGCCGCGCCCCGCCCCCGCCGCGACCCAAGAUGAUUCACACGGAGGAGCCUCGGCCCAGGACGAAACAGGUCCGGAGUCGCAGGCCUCCCAGACACCCAGCGGACGACUUGAGAGCAAUCGGACCUCAUUCCCCGUCACCGGCUCCGGCCUCACCCGUACCAUCUCCGCCCUCUCCAUCUCAGCUCACGACUACUACGGAUGAAGGGCCAUAUAAAUGUGAAAUGUGCUCUUUGGAGUUUCCACGACGUGAUGCCUUGCUUCUUCAUGUUCCUGUUCACAUAUGACAAACGCGUAACCAAACUCGACGGAGGCUUCGUUCGCAACGCGCCGCUUAAAGCGGAUAAAGUGUGACUCUCGUUGAACGACAGGUCGCACUACAAAAAGACUGAAAUAUCUCCUUAGUGGUAUAUGGAUCCUAGAUGACAAUCGAUAUUUUAAAAGUUUCAAUUUAAAUCUUAAUAAGGCCCUCCACCAGACAUCAAGGUUCUGGUUUAGAUCAAAUAAUUGUCAUCAGAAUCUCCAUCAAGGGCAGUCUUACAAUGUCUCGUAGCGUAACUUUAUCACUAAUGCUAUCACGGCCCUGGCAGCCAAAGAAUCAAGUCAAAGUAUUUAUUUAGCUACAUAUUUAUGUAACUUGAUAUAUUGUUGAUGUUUAACAUAAAAUGUAAUGUAAGAAAUCACUAAAUAAACAAUGCAAUUAUAAAAAAAAUUGUAUGACAAUACAAUAUAACAGUUUCAAAAUCAUUUGUUAAAUAAGAUAUUUGUAUCAUAGAUGUAUUUGUUUUAUGAUGACUGUUCUAGAAACAUUGUAUGUCUAUAUUAUCAGACUGUAAUUACUUAUAGAUAUUUUUUUAGAUAUGUCUGUACAUACUUUUAUUAAAAUGUAGUUCAUACAAUAGUAAUGCGAUUUGAUAAGGAUCAUUUCUACAAAUGUUAUAUAGGAAUUAAAAUAUACGUCAUUACCACAAUUUUGUUAUAGUAAGACUCGUUAGCUUAUGCAGUUUAUGUGUCGCCUAGCUUCACGAACAUUACAGGUCCUACCCCUGGGCCUCUUGCCGUAUACAUUCCUACAACAUAGUAUACGCUUAGUUCGAGAAAAAUAAGAAUAUUUUUAGCGUUGACGAGAAAUCUUUCCCAGUGUUUUUAAUAAACUUAUUGGACGUAACAGAUUAAUGGACAAAAGUUUCGUAAGACAACAUAUUAGUGUUACAUUUUAGAUCUAUAUUAAAACUUUCACCAGUCUUAUCUUUGUUAAGUCCAUAAUAUUAAGCGGUAUUAUUUAAUGAAAAAUGCGAAUAAUUUUAUAAAACAUUUAAAUUUAAUGUAUAAUUCAACAUAUGUAGAAUAGCUCAAAAAAUAAUAAAACAAUAAGUUAGGAUUUGCAAUUAAAUACAUGAUGCGUGUACAAUAUUUUCAAUAAUAUCAAUGUCGUUUUAUUCUUACAAAGGAUAGAUUAUGAUAAAUGUAACAAGAUAUGAUUUUUACGCAAAAAAAAAGUGACAGGGUCAUAUCUGCACAUUUGUAUUUUUUAUAAGAUCAAUUGAUUAUUUUCUGUGCAAUUGAAGUAAACAUUACCUUGAUCAAGAUAAUAUUCAUAUUUGGUAUGUAUAAUGUAUCAAUCGAAAACUUUUUAAUUCGAUAUAUGAAAACACAGUUGGCGGACUUAUAUCUUGGGUCAAUAUUCAUGAAUAAUUUAAAAUUCUAAAAACAUUCACUCACAUUUAAGGUUUCCAGGGGAGAGCUAAUAAAAAUGAAUUAAUAAAAAAAUUAUAAACAUCGUGAACUCAAUUCUUAUUAUAAUAAAUAAAUUUGUAUCCAGUUGAAUAAUUUUAGUUUGAUAAUAUAUUGAUGUGCGAUAUAAAAUAUGUAUGUAUACAAUUUAGCAACAUUGUAUAAAUAUGAAGUAUUUGCACUGUUUUAUUAUUUGACUGAUAAUAUGGAUUGUUGAGAGCGAUUCUGUAUAUAGUUUGUAAAUAUUGUAUAUAUACUAUAAAUAUUAAAGUAGUUUGUGACAUC